AUGAGGAAGGCCGCUUCUGGGUCCGACUCGUUUGUCGUCACGCGUCGCCAGGCGUUCGCAUGCGUCGUCGUCCUCUUCGCCAUGAUGCUCUCCCUCUCCGCGAUCUCGCACCGCCUCGGCCACGCCUCCGGGUUCCGCGCCGCGCAACUCAGCCUGUCGAUUAACUCGCACUUAGCUAACACCGCGUCCGUCGCAGUCGGGGGGGUAUCGAGUUCUCAACGCGGCGAGAUUGCGCCGAGUGUGAUUACAACGGGCGAGGGGAAUCCGUGCGGGGAGAUCGCGAGCCGGCACGGGGCCUGCGUGGCGCCUUGUCAGCGGCGCACCAAGGCUGGGUAUUGCGUGUCAGAGAUGCUUCGACUUUACGACGAGGCGUAUGCCCCACUGUGGCCCGCUCGUGUAGACCUGCUGGUGCGCAGCCACGUGUCAGACGCAUACUUUCUGAUAGAGGUGCUGUUCAGGAGCAUCGAGCAGAUGUGGCCACGUGGCAUUGGUGACGUCAUCCUGGUGCUGGACGAGGGCGAGAGCGUUGUCCGGGACCUCGUGCCGCCCUGGGUCAAGGUGUAUUACGAGAAGAACUACCUAGACCUGCCAGGGAAGAUCCUCCAGCAGUGGAGCUACCUGUGGGCGGACAACUACACCACGGCACCGUACAUUGCGAUUAUAGACGAUGACGUGGUGUUCAACCUCAAGGUGACCCCAGGCCUGCUGUUCCAUCUGACAGAGCGCAAGCCGAUAGUGAUCGGAUCACGCAACGCGCAGCGCAACAACUGGCUGCCGUCCACGCGCUGGCUGGUGGGGCAGCACGCCUACUUCGCCAACUUCAUGGUGCAGCUGCCCUUCGUCUUUCCUAGAGAUGUGCUGCCGCGGUUCAGGGAGCACGUGGGGGAGGUGCAUCGGGACAAGUUCGGGAAGAGCUUCGACAAGCCGUUUAAAUAUUUUGCAGAACGAGGUCCAAAGUUUGAACGGACGCAGAUCGCCCACACGACUCUGGGCAACUACAUGUGGGCCUUCACUCAGGACGAGGUGCACUGGGCUUUAGAAUGGACCGACCACAUACUUAUUCCCCGAGUCGGCGUGCACAUACCCUACUCUGCUUCUCAUGCAUCCUUUUCCCCUUUCCCACCUCUCCUCUCCCCCAUCAGGUGCACUGGGCUUUAG